AUGUUGUCUACUCUAUUUUGUUUAGCUCUUCUAUUAUUUCAACCAAUCGUCAUUUUCUCUUUCAACAAUAGCAGCAGUACAGAAUUGUUGGGAACCAAAACAACUGUCCCACCAAAUGAAAAUCAAAGGAUGUUCUAUGCUAUAAUUUCUGGAGGAAAUCCUUGGGAAAUUCAAAAACACGAUAGUAAAGAAUUCAACAAAAAGGUGGAAGAGGUAUACAAGCAGAACUUGACGGACACUCAAGCAACGACAGAAGAAGUAAUCGACAGCACUGCUGUCACCACUGUCGCAAAGCGAGGAAAGCAUUACGAUACUUCAUGGCGAUGGGGACUUGUAUCUGGAUGUGCUUUGUAA